CGCAAACUCGCAAAGAAUUGCAAACCCUCUGGCGGUCCGAAGGGAGACGAGGAAGACGCGAGUGGCGAAGAGCUGCACCCACGAUUGUUUCCGGCAUUGGUGGUGAAGCGGUUCCGGCGAUCCGUCGCCCGCUUCAAGGUUUAUUCAAGGGAAGGUGAAUCUCUCCGAUUAUCUGGAGGUCGGAUGCGAAUCCCUUCGGGGAUUACUCCAUCCGGCGAGAGGAGGUAGGGCGGGAAUUUGGGAAGCCGUACCUUGUCUAGGGGGUAAGAAGGGGACGGUGCCUUCUCAAUGGACAUUGGAGAUAGCAAGGAUAGCAUCGCCUUGCCAUCUUCAGACAAUGACUGCUAUUUGAUGGGUUAUGAGAACUAUUUCAGUGAUUCUCAAACAGAGUCUGCUGUAAAUUUGGGGAUGCCAUCCUCUCAUCACAGUGAUAACCAUGUAAAUGUGGUAUCGGAUUUGGAGGAGAGCAGAAUUAAUGCUUUAGAGCUUGCAAAGGUUGUUGAGGCAGAAGAGUUAUUUGCCAAGGAAGAGUACAAGAACGUGGAAGAAGAAGCACCGGGUAUAGCUGUGGAGGAAGAGCAGGAUGUCUUCCCUGGGCUGUCUCCCUUGAGAGGAGAUUGUGUGAUGAGUUCUUCCAAUAUUGGCACUGGAGUUGAAGUUGAGUACAUAUCCAGGAUGUUUGAGGAUGGUAGAGGCUGCAUUGGUUGUGAAAACUGUCUCUUUUCUUCAAGAACGGUUGUUGAUGGCCCUUUGGUGGAUGUUAAUGUAGAUCUGGCUAAACAAAGAAAUGGAUUUUGCUGUCUGUCUCCUUCUAGCGAGUGUGCAGUAGCUUCAGAAAUCUCACAUGGUAGUUCAAUGGAAGGGAAUAAUGGAAGCUCGUCUAAUGUAGAGUCUUAUAAGACGAACAUUGAUAGUAGCAGUGGCAAUGUAGUUUUCUUGGUUGACAGGACCAAAGAUGACAAGCAAUCUUGCAGCUUACAGAAUGGUCGGGGUUUGCGUCUACAGUAUGCUAGAAAGCUGAAAGAGACCCAUCAAUUUAAUAACUUUGCCUGUUCACAUGAAGAAAAAUUUGCUGAGGAAGAGAUAUUAGGUGUUCCACGGGCUGAUCAUGAAGCUAGCUGUUCAGCACAAGGGUCAACCAGUGAACCAACAUAUUAUUCUGCAGUAGAAAGAUCUAUUUAUGAGAAGCUAUCUCAUACCUCCUCUUCUUUUGCUUGUGGUUCAAUAGGCACCACCGAGCCUGAUUUCAAGAGAAGUUCUUUUGGUUCUGUCAAAAUGACGUCAACUUUCUGUACCAAUGAUAAGGAGUUUUGCACGGACGCAGAGAAACUAACUGGUGCUAUUCUAUCUUCUAGUUCCAUCACUUUUGUUAGACGCACCAAUCCCAAACGUGCUGUUUCAUUUAGGAGCAAUUUGGCUGAUGGAAAAUCUAAUCAGCUAAUCACGUUCCAAAGUGAUAGGAGAAAAUGCAGGAGAAAGUUCAGUGCAAGCACUUCUCGGGCACCAGUUACGCUUAACAUGUUUGGAGAAGUAAAAAGGAAGUUAAGAAAUUCUCGUAGGCAGGCACGUCUUUCUGUUUGGGGAACAGUUGAAAAUUUCACCCCCAUUAUCAGUCAAAGAGAUGAGCUUAUAAAGCUUGACUCGGAGCCAAAUGCUGUUAGGAAAAGAAGAUCAAAGAAUGCAGUAUCUGCUGCCAAUAGAAGAAAAAGAACAGCUGCCCUAAAAAAUAAACUGUCCCGAUCGGCCUCAAAUAAAAUAUCUUCUGCAUCUUGUCAAUCUAUUCCACUAGUUAAGCGUGAUAGACAAACAUCCUUCAAAAAUGGUAUAGAUCAUUUCAUAGGAACUUGUGAUGGCCAUAGUACUUCUGAAACUUCUAGCACGAAGGUUGAAUUAGAGCAAAACUACUUAGAAAAAUGGUAUUCUGUAGUCAGCUCUAACACAAGAGUGGGACAACUGGGAGAAAAGGACUUGGAGAGCACUUUGACACAAGAAACAUCUGCUGACAACUUGCCAUCAGAAGGCCAUGGAGUUUUAUCUCCAGUAGAUUUUGAGUUUGUUGCAGAAACUGUUGAUGAUAAGCAAACAUCAAAACCCGGUGAUUCUCCUGAUUCUGAUGUUUAUAAUCCUGUCGGAGAUGUUGAAAUAUUGGCAGGUGCGGGUUCUGCUAUUAUUAAGCUAGAGUCUGUUUCAAAUCAGAACAGUGAAAUUCAAGAACCAAAGGAAGAAAAUGGCUUGCCGUCUACCGAGCUAAAUUUUAUUGAACCGUUUGUACCUCAUUUACCUUUACUGGCAAAACAAGUGCAAGCAGGUGAGAAUCCGAGAAGUAAUCCCAGGAAAAGUCAGGGGGGAAAGAAAAAACUGAAAGAAAAGAAAGGAAAGAGUGUAAAGAAAGGGAAUAAAGAUAAUCAAGAGAAGACAGGUCAGGUCAGUGAGUGUCCAUUUUUAUUAUCUGAUACUGCUUGCGUUGAGGAGAGGUUGGGUUGUCUGGAAAAGUCAAAUGCGGUUAAGAAGGCCUCACUAAGCAGUAACUGCUGUCCCAAGAGCAAGGGGGCACGUGAUAAAGGUGGCAAAUGUUCAAAAUCUAUUAGAAAGCACUGUAAAAGAGGAUCAAAAUCAGGGAGUUUACUUUUAAAUUCUUCAGUUUCUGGUUUGGCUGACUUGGCUAACUUCAAUCAUCAUCUGGAAAUACAAAACAGAACAGAAACCACUGACAACCCUUUGCAGCACGAUUAUAAUGGACUUUUUGAGGCAUUAGUGCCUUCUGAUUAUGUUGAGUGCCAAGUUAGGAAAAGAACCAAAAAAAGGUUGUGUAAAAAGAAAUCAAGCCGCACAUGUUCAAUAAGGCAAAGAAGAAAAUUUAUUUAUGGUGAACCGAAGGGAAAUAAGGGGAAAUCUGACCAAGUUAGGAUGGAUAAUCUUUUUCCAAAAGAAAUUGAUAGCUUGGGAUUUUCUCCGGGAACAGACAACAAGUUGUCACUGGUUGGGGGUCAAAUGCACGGUGAAGCAGCUGCAAUUGAUACUUCGCUAAAGGAUGCGUCAAACGAUGUUGCAUCACCAGCAUUUGAUGAGCAAUCAGCGAGAGAGCUAUAUAAUAUUUUUUUGGGCCAGUCUUCACUCUCAGGUAAAAAAGCAUGGGCUCUUUGCGAUGACUGCCAGAAAUGGCGUUGCGUGCCAGAUGAGCUUGUGCAUGUUAUUGAGAAAAACAAAUGGACUUGUAAAGACAAUGUUGAUGAAGCAUUUGCUGACUGUACAAUACCACAAGAGAAAACGGAUGAUGAAAUUAAUAAUGAUCUUGGGAUCUCAGUUGGGGGCUUCUGCUCUACAGAACUGCAUGGUUGCGGGGAGCUUGUACCACUGAGACUAUCUGAUACGGCUCGACCUACAUGGACUCGUAUUAAAUCCAAUUUGUUUCUUCAUCGUAAUCGUAGAUCUUUGACUAUUGAUGAGAUCAUGGUCUGCCAUUGUAAACCGCCUCCAGAUGGCAGUUUGGGCUGUGGAGAGGAAUGUUUGAACCGUAUUCUUAAUAUUGAGUGUGUCAAGGGAACCUGCCCAUGUGGGAAUCUAUGUUCAAAUCAACAGUUCCAAAAGCGCAAAUAUUCCAAAUUCAAGUGGAUCAAAUGUGGAAAGAAAGGCUAUGGGCUGCAGUUGGAAGAGGUUGCUUCGAGAGGACAGUUUCUCAUUGAAUAUGUUGGGGAGGUGCUUGAUUUAGCUGCUUAUGAAGAACGGCUAAGAUAUUAUGCUUGCAGAGGUCAUAAGCAUUUCUACUUUAUGACGUUGAAUGGUGGUGAGGUGAUAGAUGCAUGUUCUAAGGGAAACUUGGGGCGUUAUGUUAAUCACAGCUGCGAUCCUAAUUGUCGCACUGAAAAGUGGAUGGUUAAUGGAGAGGUUUGUAUUGGCCUGUUUGCUAUUCGGGAUAUCAAGAAGGGUGAAGAAAUCACGUUUGAUUACAACUAUGUAAGGGUGUUUGGUGCCGCUGCUAAGAAAUGUGUGUGUGGUUCUGUUGAGUGCCGUGGUUACAUAGGUGGUGAUCCAUCAAGCUCUGAGGUUAUUGUACAAGAUGAUUCAGAUGCAGACGAUCCUGAGCCAGUAAUGAUUGAUGAAUAUGGUGAUAAUGAGCUAGGCGUUACAAGGAUUGAUUCUGAUACAACUGAUGCUAAGGAAGCUAACCAUGAAAAUUUUUCUGUUGAGAGAAAGGACACAAACGGUAAUAUGACCAUGUCAGAGCAACGGGCUUUUGUAGAAAAUCAAAGUUUUGAUAAUCAAGAUGUGAUUCAUCCGACAUCAUCUGAACAUGAUCUGACUGAUGGUUUGAUGCAGUCUUCAAAUUCUGUAGAAUCUAAAAAUAGCCUGUCUACAUUAUCUGACGGUCAACCGUUCCAGGAUCAGCAGCUAGUUUUGAGCAACAUUGAACCUGAUCAAAACUUUUGUGAUGUUGUAAAUGAGAGUCUGCCAUUGAGUGCUGCCUUCGGAUCUUUACCUUCUGGGCAGCUAUCAGAAAGAUCUACGCACUGUCUGAAUACUUUUCUCCAAAGUGAUCAUGCAGCGCAAAAACCUGUCACAGAUGAUGCUACAAAGAUUUCUUCCCAAAAUUCAGAUUCUUUCAUGCGUAGAAGUAGUGCAACUUGCCCAAUUGAAGAAAUUCUAAUGGUACCAAAACCUAAUAAUGUUGUGAAAGCCUUGCAACCUGUAAAAAUUAAACGGAGCAGGGUAAGUAUUAGAAGCGUGUCUUCCGGAAAAACAAAGAAAGUGUCUGCUGCUAUUAGCAGUCGGCAUAUUAGCAGGCAUAUCGAAGUUGAAGAAAAACUUAAUGAGCUGCUAGAUGAGGAUGGGGGCAUACGCAGGCAGAAAGAUGCUGCUAAAGGAUACUUGAAGCUUUUAGUUGUAACAGCAGCAGCAGGGGAUGAAACCAGUGGCAGCAUGUCCCAGAGUGCUCGAGAUCUUUCGUUGAUUCUUGAUGCAAUUUUGAAAACAAAGUCUCGGAUGGUUUUGGUUGAUAUAAUAAACAAAAAUGGAUUGCGAAUGCUGCACAAUAUGAUGAAGCAGAACCGUGAUAACUUCAACAGAAUUCCCAUUCUUCGGAAACUUCUUAAGGUCUUAGAAUUUCUUGCAGAGAAAGAAAUUCUUACUAGGGAUCAUAUAUAUGCCGCUCCUCCUUGCAGUAAAAUGGAAAGCUUCAAGGAAUCAAUGUUAAAGCUGAUGAAGCAUAGGGACUCUCAGGUUCUUCACAUUGCACGAAACUUUGCAGACCAAUGGAUACCUCGUAAUUUUAGUAGGGUGGAGCCUUCUGAGAAAGAUGGUAAGCAUAUAUGUACUAAGUAUCCCCGCCAUAAUUGGUGUCCGACAUCAAAAAUCCAUUCGUGGCAUGAGCAUGGAAAGCAAGAAUCUAGUUCGAUAGUUAGUGGUAGUGCAGCAAAUUGCCUGCCUUCAUCUGAAGUAGAUAUGCAAAGAGAAGCUUUUCCUCUUCCUACUCAACAGGCGUCCAGCUCUGCAUCCUUCACUGACAAUAGUCCAAUAGAAAGGACAAGAUCUCGAAAACGUAAAAGCAGAUGGGACCAGCCAGCAGAUGCCACUAUUCCUGUUGGACAGGCUUAUGAAUGCUUAACUGAUCAGCCUAUGCUUAGUAUUAUGAAGCACAUGAGGCCUUCACAACUUGAGCCUCUUCCUGAUAUUGAUGUUUCAAAGCAAAAAUCAGAGGCACAGACUAAAGGAAACAACUCUUCUGAUGUUAUCGCUGUUCAGGAGUCCUUACAGCAAAAUAGUGAUGAUGAUGAUGAAAUGCCGCCUGGGUUUGAGUCUCCCUGCAUAGAUGAAUGCCCUCAGCUAGCUAGCUCAGCUACUAACAUGACAGGAGAUGUGGUGAUUGGGCAUCCGCUGGAGAGAUAUCUUCCAUACUUAACUGUUUCUUAUGGCAUGCCAAUUGACCUGAUGCAUCAGCUGGGAAUCCCUGAAACUGAAGUCAGCACUCAGUUCGAUCCAUCUUGGAAAAUUGCACCUGCUAUUCCUUUCAAACCUUUCCCUCCCCUGCCUUCAUAUCCUCGACAAGAGCCCUGUACAUCAAACACAUGGAACACAUCUUUUAAUGAAAAUAUUAAUACUCCGACCAAGGCAAAAGGCCUACAAGAAAAAAUUUUUCAAUCUAGAAAUGAAAGAGCAAGGUUUCCUAAAUAUGGUAAUGGGAGAAGGUUCUUCAAACCUCAGCAGUGGAAUAACCAAAGGUCUCAAAGAUGCGGGUCCCGUUGGUCCCAGAGAGGGAAUGCUUUCAGUUGAAAGGUAUAUGCAGGAACAGAGAAAUGGUUUUAGAUUUUAGGAAAUUCUAGGACAGUUGUUGGUGGCGAUUUCAAUCUUCCAGUCGGUGUAAAUACUGAUGGUAUUCACUCCACUUGGCCAACAAAAUACCUGAACUUGAGAUUCGAUUAUUUGAAACAAAAAGGAGUAAAAGCGGCAAAUAGGUGAUCCUCUACUAAUUGUUAUUUCUUUACAGGUCCAUAUAUUAUAAUCGAAGUUCUCAUUUUUCGUUGCAAAUAAAUAACUUUUUUUUUAGUUUAUGUCAAAUUUAUUCCACGAUAUUUGAAUUUAAUUUAACAGCUAGUUGUAGUUCAUCUCGUAAGGUCUUUUUCUUUUUUUAGGGUGGAGCAUGAUAUUAAAAAAAUUUCGUUAGUUUUGUAAGCCGCACAAGUAAAACGGGUGUAAAGUAUUCAAUUAUAGGCAUUUUACA